CCAGAUCGUUGCAAACCGACACGGCAGUCGUCGCGAAAGCACACACGCCGUCAGACGUCUCUUCAAAAUAAUAUAAUAUAUAAGGAAUUCAAAAUAAUUAUAACAUAAUAAAAUUGUACGCGAUCGCGUAAAAACCGGCGGUGACAUAAUCUUUACAUCGCGGCACGGCGUCGUAUAAUACGAUAGAGAGGAGGAGAGGAAUAUUAUAACAACAUACGGAGUGGACACCGACGACACCGGAAGACGAUGUGCGUGGACAUUGUUGAAUUAAAGUGAUCGAUGUUCAAAUAUUAAUAUAGUAUAUUCAAGCUAUAUGGAUCUUGGAGUAUCGAGCCACCGAAGACAUUMCAAAACUUUUCAUUUGGUGGACAUGAGCGGUUGAAUUUAGACACUGUAUACUCACAAACACGCCCACUUCCGGCGCGAAUAGAUCACGUCUGCAAGAGGAGCAGCGAUAGCCGACUUCUCCUCACAAACGUACGUCAGAUAAUAAUAUGGCAGCUUUUCAGUGGAUAACAGCCUUAACGGUGUGCCAACUGCUAACAAGCAGUUUUUGUCUGGAAAAUGGUUUAGCUAGGACACCUCCGAUGGGAUGGUUGGCGUGGGAGAGAUUUAGAUGCAAUACUGAUUGCAAAAACGAUCCUGACAACUGUAUAAGCGAGAAACUCUUUAGGACCAUGACAGACCUUGUGAUAUCCGAAGGGUACGCUGCUGUUGGUUACGAGUACAUAAACGUGGACGACUGUUGGUUGGACUUUGCAAGGUCAUACGAUGGUAGACUACAGCCCGAUGCCAAACGGUUCCCAAGAGGAAUGGCCGACCUAUCCGAAUAUAUCCAUUCUCGAGGACUGAAGUUCGGCAUCUACGAAGACUACGGUAACUUCACUUGUGCUGGAUACCCGGGAAUUUUGGGGUCUCUCGAGGUGGACGCAUUCACGUUCGCUGAAUGGAACGUAGAUUUUGUCAAAAUAGAUGGAUGUUACUCACUGCCCAAAGACAUGGAUCAAGGUUAUAGUGAAUUCGGCUAUCACCUGAACAAAACUGGCAGAGCCAUGGUGUAUUCAUGCAGUUGGCCGGUUUACCAGACCUACGCAGGAUUACAACCCAACUAUUCGGCUAUAACCUCGAGGUGUAACUUAUGGAGAAACUUCGACGACAUCCAAGACUCGUGGGCUAGUGUGGAGAGCAUCAUCGACUACUACGGCGAUAACCAAGACGUCAUUGCGGCUAAUGCAGCCCCGGGACAUUGGAACGAUCCGGACAUG